UCUUUUUUUAUGUUAUCAUGUGAUAUUUUAACGUGUAGUACUUCAAUAAUUUUCACUAUAACUCACUUUAAAUACUAUAUUUACAAGAAAGUGAAAAAUUUUAAUCCUUUAUUAACUCUGUUGUAAAACCCUAGAAACUUCUUCUUAGCAUACAGGACAGCAUCCGAAGGCUUUGGCACAGCCUAGUAUUUCAAGUCAAGUUAUUAACUCUUUGUACUUUUCAGAGCAAACCCACCAAAGGCAAAGUAGGGUUUUACAAAGGCAACAGUAACCAUGGCGUCUGAUGCCCCAACUGCCCUCGCAGUAAGGCAGAAAGUUCAAAACUUUUUGAAUGCUGCUUGCACUGGGAAUCUUGAUCUUCUCAAAAAGAUUGCGGCUCAACUUGAUGAGGGGAAGGGACUGGCGAAAACAGUGGCAGAUAUUAAGGAUGCCAAUAAACGAGGGGCAAUUCAUUUUGCAGCAAGGGAGGGCAAGACUGAGGUGUGCAAAUACUUGCUGGAAGAAUUGAAGCUUGAUGUUGACACACAAGAUGAAGAUGGUGAGACUCCACUCCUUCAUGCUGCUCGGCAAGGUCAUACUCUCACUUCAAAAUACCUUCUAGACCAUGGUGCCAAUCCUGCUAUACCCAGUGAAUUAGGUGCCACAGCUUUGCAUCAUUCAGCCGGAAUAGGGAAUAUUGAGUUGCUGAAGUAUAUACUGGCCACAGGUGUUGAGGUUGAUUUGCAAAGUGAUGCUGGCACUCCUUUGGUUUGGGCUGCCGGUCAUGCUCAACCUGAUGCUGUAAAAGUUUUGUUGGAGCAUCAUGCUAAUCCUAAUGCUGAAACUGAGGAUAAUAUCACUCCAUUGUUGUCAGCUGUGGCAGCAGGUUCACUUGCAUGCUUGGACUUGUUGAUUCAGGCUGGUUCUAAAGUGAACAUUACAGCUGGUGGAGCAACUCCAUUGCAUGUUGCGGCUGAUAAUGGAAGCCCAGACUUAAUAAACAGCUUAUUGAAAGCUGGAGCUGAUCCUAAUGCCAUUGAUGAGGAUGGCCAGAAGCCCAUACAAGUUGCAGCAGCCAGAGGCCAACGUGGGGCUGUUGAGAUCCUUUUUCCUUUGAUAUCAAGAAUUGAUGCCAUUCCGGAGUGGACUAUAGAUGGGAUUCUUGAAUAUAUGCAGUCUGAAGCUAACAAACAGCUGGAGGAAAUGAAAAAUCUGAAGGACACUAAGGCAAAAAGUGACACCACAUUGCCAACAAGCGAUCUCCCUGAGGUGGCACCGGAAGCAAAGAAGAAAGCCGCAGAAGCCAAAGUGAGAGGAGAUGAGGCUUUCAAAAGAAAAGAUUUUCAUAUGGCUGUAGAUGCAUAUACACAAGCAAUUGAUUUAGAUCCGACUGAUGCUACAUUACAUUCAAAUAGAAGCCUUUGUUGGAUCCGUCUUGGGCAAGUUGAGCAUGCUUUAACUGAUGCAAAGGCUUGCAGAGCAUUAAGACCAGACUGGCCAAAAGCUUGCUAUAGGGAAGGUGCUGCUUUGCGAUUGUUGCAGAAAUACGAUCAAGCAGCCAAUGCCUUUUACGAGGGUGUGAAGCUUGACCCUGAAAAUAAAGAACUCGUAAAUGCUUUUAGGGAAGCUGUUGAAGCAGGGAGGAAGUUUCACGGUACAGAUCAGGAAAAAUCUUAGGUUCUACUUGGAUGAUACACCAAAGAAGAAGAUGAAUGCACCAUGCUCACUUUUUCUAGAGUGAAGAUUGUGUUUUAAGGCGAUGUUUAUCAGAAUGUAUUAUUGGCGAAACAACACAACAGAAAGUUGUGAUCAUAAGAGUACAUAGAAACAUUUUUAAGAGCAAAUCUAUGUUCCAU